AUGUUGCUGAAAAUGAUAACACCGUGGAUUGGAGCAAUGUUGGGAUCAUUCUGUGGACAGUAUGUGACUAUAUUGAGAGACGAGUCUGUCGGUGGAGUUGCUGGUGGACUGUUGGGACUAGCGGCUGCAGAGAUUUGGAUUAAACAAUUUCCGUUUGUUUCUCGAUACGGAGAAAACAAUUUAGGAAUAUAUUUGAAGCGUUUAUUUUACAACUAUCUUGAAAAACAAAGAAAACAAGAGAAUUAUGCUGAUGAUCGUCGUUGCAUCCUCUUCAAUUCAGCAAGUGCCAGUCGACACGCACUCCAUUGCACAGUCUCCACGUCAACGAUCCGUGAUGUCUCCAGGGAACGCGCUCCAGCGAUUCAUUCCUUCUGUGACGACCACCACUCCAUCGAAUGUCAUUCCUUGGCUCUUGUGCACAGUUAUUGCUUCCGACAUGACCACCGGAAACUGGUGCCAAUAUCGUUGGCCAUUCGUGAACAAUUUACGAUCCAGAUCAGGUUGUAUAGGAUUAAUGUUACCUUUCGAGCACCACAUAUUCCCGAGAGUAGCGAAUCAAACGAGCCAUCACACCGUUGGCCAAUCCCUGGAGUGGCAAGUUGUGUGUCACCAUGA